GGUACUUCUCUUCAUGCGUGGGCGCUACUUGCGCUCGAACGACAACGCGGCGAGUGCAAUUCGGUGCAUUUUCUGUUUUUCCACUUGGCACAAUUGUGCACAAUUGUCAGGUCGUCGAUCGCGCCGAUCGGUAGUUCGUGCACGUUGUCUCUGCGCGAUCAUGGCUUCCGCGAUGUUCAGCGCGUCCGGCACCAUACAGAGGCUGCAAAGGAUUUUCCCGAGGGCUUACUCGGAUGCGAAGUUUCCCCAGAUCACCACUCAUUACACGGUGAAAUCCAGGGAGACGGACUUAAGAUGGAAAGAUGUGAACAUGGAGAGAUUCGUGGACGAAACCGACAUUCUAAUUGUCGGCGGUGGUCCAGCGGGAUUAUCGGCAGCCAUUCAGGCUCGCAGGCUGGCUGAGAAACACGGCAAGGAACUCAGGGUUACCCUCGUUGAAAAGGCGUCCGCAAUCGGUGGGCACAUCCUCAGCGGCGCUUGCUUGGACCCAAUCGCCCUGAACGAGCUCUUUCCAAAUUGGAAGGAACUAGGCGCGCCGUUAAACACUCCUGUUACAGAAGAUAAAUUUGCAUUUCUCACGGAAAAGAGAAGGCUAUCUAUACCGAUCUUCAAAGGAAUGCCAAUGUAUAAUCAUGGGAAUUAUAUAGUAAGACUGGGCCAUGUAGUGACAUGGCUUGGGGAGCAAGCAGAAGCUGCCGGUGUCGAGAUGUAUGCUGGCUACGCGGCGGCAGAGGUUUUAUAUCACGAGGAUGGCUCCGUUAAAGGAGUGGCCACGAAUGAUGUUGGUAUUGCUAAAGACGGUUCGCCCAAAGAUACUUUCGAACGGGGUAUGGAGCUUCACGCAAAAUGUACCAUAUUUGCAGAAGGCUGCCACGGCCACCUGACGAAACAGUUGUCAAAGAAAUUGAAUCUUCGGAAAGACUGCGAGCCGCAGACGUAUGGCCUCGGGUUGAAAGAGAUUUGGGAAAUAGAGCCGAGCAAACAUCGGCCUGGAGCAGUGGAGCAUACGGUUGGCUGGCCACUCAAUAGAAAUACAUAUGGCGGAUCGUUUCUGUAUCACUUGAAUGAAGAAACGCCUCUGGUCGCAGUAGGCUUUGUCGUAGGAUUGGAUUACACCAAUCCCUACCUGUCUCCGUUCAGAGAGUUUCAGCGAUUUAAAAUGCAUCCUAGUAUUAGACCAACGUUUGAAGGAGGGAAAAGGAUAGCUUAUGGCGCCAGAGCAUUGGUGGAAGGUGGAUUCCAAUCUAUUCCUAAACUCCAAUUCCCCGGUGGUUGCCUUAUUGGAUGUACGGCAGGUUUUCUAAAUGUGCCCAAAAUCAAAGGAACUCAUAAUGCCAUGAAAAGUGGCAUGUUGGCUGCAGAAAGCGUUAUGGAAGCCAUUAUAGACGCGGAAAGUAACACCUCGCCGACGAAAGGCUUAGAGCCGAAAACGUACACGGACAAAAUAAAGAGUAGCUGGAUCUAUAAGGAAUUGAAGGCCGUAAGAAAUAUGAGGCCCAGCUUCCACUCUUCACUUGGACUUUACGGCGGUUUAAUGUACUCUGGUUUCUCCAUGUUCCUGGGCGGAAGGGAGCCGUGGACUUUAUCUCACGGAGGUCCUGAUCAUAAGAGGUUGAAAUCCGCAGCUCAAUCGACGCCGAUAGAAUACCCUAAGCCGGAUAAUGAAGUAUCCUUCGAUCUUCUGUCUUCAGUAGCUUUAACCGGUACCAAUCACGAAGCUGAUCAACCGGCUCAUUUAACUUUGAUGGAUGACACCGUUCCAGUAAAGAGAAACUUGGCUGAAUUUGCUGGCCCAGAAGGUCGAUUUUGCCCUGCUGGUGUCUACGAGUUCGUGCCGCUGGAAAGCGGAGACGGCGAAAGAUUGCAGAUCAACGCGCAGAAUUGCAUUCACUGUAAGACCUGCGACAUCAAGGACCCGAGCCAGAACAUCAAUUGGGUCGUGCCGGAGGGUGGCGGCGGGCCAGCUUACAACGGCAUGUAAAAUAUGUCGGUCGACCGACUUGUUGAUUGGUUGAUUGAGUAAACAUUUGGCGGCCCACAUUAUUUUGCCGUUGGUGCCACAUGUUUUUCGACGAGUCGCAUUACGGCAUCGCAAUCAUGCUUUCGAUGCUGUCGCGACGGUCUAAUUGAAAUUGGAAUACGCCAUACGGUGUAAUUAUUUCCCAUUCGAAUGAAUCAACACAAUUACGGAUUAAUCUCGAUUCGUUAGAAACGAGCGAUCUUUCCAUCUCUGCUGACGCACAUGUACCAAUUUCUCGUGACAUUAUAUGCAAUAUGUAUAUCACAUACAGUAUAAUUCUUCGACUACUGGGCCAAUUUAUAAGAUUUAUCCUUUGAUAAUAUUUAUUGGAACACAUGUGUCGUUGAACAAAUUGAAAGAAGUAUCACAUGGUAUAUUAAUUUGAUGAAAGUCUUGAUAUCUUUGUAAUCUCCCUCUGUGUGAGAAGCUUUUUAUUAAAUGAAACAUUGCUCUUGGAGAGGGACGGACACUUCUAAAGCGCUUGCGUAGUGCUGUUGUUACUACUUUUUGAUAGACUUUAUAUAAAUGAUCGAUUUGUAUGUUAUAUUAUAUUUUUAUACAGAGAGGCGAAUUGUGAAAUACAUGUUAUGUACAGUCCGAUUUAUUCCUAUGUAA